UUUACAGUAGAAAUGACCAGCAGUUAUUCAUCAACUCAAGACGUUGUCCAGGACUACCAGGAUGGAGAAUAUCAGGACUACGCCACAAAGCUUGAAGGCUUUGAGAACUGGAUUGAUAAAGCUAAACCCAAGAAAUUGAAACUUAAGAGUAUAAAUGGGGUUAAAUAAAAUGAUUGAACGAUACAGACACAAAGGAAGAGAUCUCCGCCAACAAAUGGCAAACUGAGAUAUUUCAAAUGAAGAUGGAUACACAGCUCAAGAAAUGACUACUACUGAUGUUCUAAAUCAGAUAAGGAAAUAAAGUUCAUACUUUACCAGAACUAGGAAGACAAAAAGUUAGUAGAAAGAGCAUUUAUAACAGCUUGGAAACGCUAAUGAGUAAGAGGUCGGCUAAGACAAAAGCCAAAGUAAAGUAUAUCAUUUCAGAGAAAAAUACACCUAUAAAAGAUGAUCCAUUCGAUAUGGGAUAUGGAUCAUGUAAAAAUAGAAUUUUCAUGUCUCAGAAAUAAGCCAAGUCUUUCAAACUCCUAUAACCGUAACAAGAGCUAUUCCUUUGGUAGAGCUAGACUUAAAUCCCUCUUCGAUUUGGGCUUAGAAGAGUAUGAAAACAACUACAAGCACAAGUUAACAGAUUUCUCAAGUUUCAAUACUGAAGAUCUAGCAAAUUAUCAUUUCUCUAAACAAAUUGGUCGUAACUCAAUGUUUAUUAAGCAGAAGAGACCUAGGGAUGAUAUUCCUGUGAUCUCUGAUGAUCCUACCUUCACUUGCAUUCACCAGAUCCAGGACACAAAAGGCCAGACCUCUGAGAUCCACAGAAGUGUUAAGAAACUCCAUAAGCUCAUGAAUGCUCUAUCUUACCACAGGAUCAAAAAGGCCAAGAGCUAGGAACAAAUCAUGCUUAAUGACUUCUCUU